AUGAAACAAGUGUUGGCACAGAUUUGUCAGACAUACGAGUGGUGUCUCAUAGGACUCAUUGUGGCGGUGAUCGCCUAUUACUACAUUUCGUGGAGGAAUGCCUUCAGCUAUUGGAAGGAUCGACACAUUUGUGGUCCAAAACCCAUCCCUAUAUUCGGAAACCUUUUGAGUUUAUCCCUAAAGCCUCGGCCAUUACUGGAGUUGGAGUGGUAUAAGAAAUACGGCAAA